GUCCGCACCGUCCUCUCCUCCCUCUCCAGCCUCGCCAAGAACGUGUCGAGCCGCGACCCCGCCGCCGCCUUCACCUGCACCGCGGGCAUCGGCAGCGCGGCCUGGGACCGACUGACACGGCAACUCCAUCCGGUGGGUGCGGCGGUCGCUGGGUCUGUCUUUGUGCGUGCGGGGGAUGAUGAGGAAGAAGAAGAGGCGGUGGGCAGGAGCUACGUCGUCGUGCAGAAGUAAGUACCUGCACGGCCUGCGCGCCUGGGCCGCCCUCUCGGCCGAGGAGCAGGAGUCCAUCGUCGGGCGGAGAAAGUUAGAUAACUUCGAGCUUGCUGACGCUGCGGCGGGGAGGCAGCAGUCGCAUGAGUCGCUGGCGACGAUCGGGGACGGGGACGGGGGCGAGAUCCUGAGGGAUAACAUGCCGUUUGGCUCGCCCGGCGCCGGCGAGUUCGGGACGUACUUUGUUGGGUAUGCGGGGAGGCUGUGGGUUGUCGAGCGCAUGCUGCAGCGCAUGUUCGUCGGAGAGCCGCCGGGGCUGCACGAUAGGCUGCUGGAUUUUCUCGAGGCCGGUUACGGGGACGGUGUUUUUUGCGCCGUCUUGUGAUUUUUUGAGGGGACUGGGUAGGGAUGAUGAUGAUGGUGAUCAGGUAGGUAGGUAGGUAGGUAGGUGAUAUUUCAUUUGUUAGAUGAGGUCCGGAGGGGGUGGUAUUCCCCUCAGGAUGCUGUCAAUACGAAAUUAUUUUCAUCAUUCUUAUUCUUAUUCUAUGAGAACUGAAUUGCAUUCAAUGAAUUCAUAUACAAAAUUUUCAAAUUGAAUGUUGCGAAUCAUUCGAAGCUUUCUUAUAGAAAAGUUACGUGAUACAACAUGAACCAUAGAUCAUGCCCCUUUUCAGCACAUACUUAGGUAGGUAGGUAUGAACAACAUCUUCACCUCAACCCUAGGUGUUCUUUGGGGCGAUCACACAUUAGACGUUGGAUUUAGGGUCAGGUUAAUACCGGACUGCUUG